UGGGCGUAGGAAUCUUGUGAUACGUGCGUCAGCUGUCACGGGUUGACGCACGCGCUUGUGUCUCCAUGCUAGCCGGCGAGUUGUUUAGACACGAAAUAAUCUGCAAUUCUACUCGCAGGAAAGAAAGAGAUAUCAACUUGUUACAGGACAGUAUCAAUAUUAAACUGGACCAAGCGGAUUCUGUGACCGAUUCCAGCAGGAAAGGGGCUGUGUACCGCUGCAGAAGGUGUAGGGUUUAGUUAUUAAAUAUUUGGUGUAGGUCAGGUGGUUGUGCCGAAGAGAGAAUAGCAGGUUUCUCGGAUGGAAGCUGGCUAGGGCUAGUUUAUUUCUUGUCAAUUAACAAAAUAGCUAGUUUUACCUCGUCAAACAUACGACGGAUUGCCAGUAGUUGCUGCAUAGCAAAACAUAGCUAGGCCGGGUCGGCCGGUUAGCUACCGAGCUAAUGACAAGAUAGCUCAAUAGUUAUGUCGAGCAGUUUCACAAAUAAAACGUCUUUGCUAAGCAGCUCUCCACAGAGCCCUGAGAAUAGGGUCUCGUCAGUCGGCAACAACAACAGAGACUGGGACUUGGAAAAAGAUGUAUUUGUAUGCUGCUAUGAAGAGCCUAUUGGCGAAACAGUGCUGGCGGGGAUGCACUCGGUUCAGCCAGGUCUGGACAGGCACAUGCCGCUGCUGCGAGGCCGCCACCGGGUUCCUCCGGACUGUAUGAUACUGGGCCUAGAGGAACCUUACCCCGGCUGUCACAACAACCGGAGUCCUCCCGCAGCCUACCUAGACACCGGUUCUCUGGCCUUCAGUGAAAAUGACCGGAACGCCACCCCGGUGUUGGAAAGCAGAAAGAGGACUCGGAGCAGUAGUUCAAGGAACCGGUAUAACGAGGUUGUCACAGAAUUGGGACCCGAAGAAGUGCGGUGGUUUUACAAAGAGGACAAAAAAACGUGGAAGCCUUUCAUUGGACACGACUCUUUGAAAGUUGAGGUCAUGUUUCGUAAUUUAUGCGAACUGAACCCUGGAACGACCACGCGCCAAGGUUCUUUGGGAAUGGAUGAAGCGUACGAGGAAGAUAAUGCAAGCGGGGUGGAAGCGACAACUGGGGGGUCGAACGGAGUCGAGCGAGCUGGACCAGUGCCGGCGCCGAGAACUACGGUGAAUAGGGACAGGGGUUCGAUGGAGAGAACGGACUCCUCAGACGAAAGAGACCUUGAUUCAAUAAACAUCAACGUAGAGGCUGUAUGUGUCAGGGGUGGGCUGUAUGAGGUGGAUGUCAAAGACAGAGAAUGCUAUCCUGUGUAUUGGAAUCAGCAGGAGAGCAUUCCUGUCAUGAGGGGCCAGUGGUUCAUCGACGGCACCUGGCUCCCAUUGGAGGAGGAGGAGAGUGACCUCAUUGAGGUGGAGCACUUGACCCGUUUCCUUGGGCAGCAAAUGCAGGACAGCUUCGACUCUGACUCUGUGGUGGCCAAAACAGUCGACAGCAAAGAUGUUCUCUCCCACCUGCCCCCUUUCUACCUCCCCUUUCUUUUCAAAUGGAGUGGAUAUCAACCGAGUGCUACAACUAAAUGUCUCAAGCGCAAACGCUGCUCAGCUGUCCACAGUUUGAAAUUGAGUCGGACCCACGUGGACUGGCACAGUGUGGACGAGGUCUACCUCUACAGCGAUGCCACCACCUCCAAGAUCGCCCGCACUGUCACCCAGAAACUGGGCUUCUCCAAAGCCUCCAGCAGUGGUACACGGCUCCACCGGGGCUAUGUGGAGGAGGCCUCCUUGGAGGACAAGCCCCCCCAGACCACACACAUCGUCUUUGUGGUCCACGGCAUUGGACAGAAGAUGGACACAGGACGCAUCAUCAAGAACACUGGCAUGCUAAGGGAGGCAGUAAGGAAGAUGGAGGAGAAGCACUUUUCGGAGCACACAGAGGAGCACGUGGAGUUUCUGCCUGUAGAGUGGCGCUCCAAACUGGCACUGGAUGGGGAUACAGUGGACUCCAUCACCCCAGACAAGGUGCGAGGACUGAGAGACCUGCUCAACAGCAGUGCCAUGGACAUCAUGUACUACACCAGCCCCUUGUACAGGGACGAGAUCACCAAGGGCCUGACGUCAGAGCUGAACCGCCUCUACACCCUGUUCUGCUCCAGGAACCCAGAGUUUGAGGAGAAGGGGGGCAAGGUGUCCAUCGUGUCUCACUCCCUGGGCUGCGUGAUCACCUUUGACAUCAUGACAGGCUGGGACCCGGUGAAGUUCUGUCUGCAGGAGCAUCAGGAUCUGGAGGAGGAGCUGGACCUGAGAUGGGUCUCCUAUGAGGAGAGAUGCCUGCUGGAGCAGCUGCAGCUCACCAGGAACAGGUUACGAGAGCUGGAGGAUCAGCUUCAAGGCCUGGAGGCCUCCAAACCGCUAGCACUCCCUGCUCUUAAAUUUAAGGUGGAGAACUUCUUCUGUAUGGGCUCUCCCUUGGCAGUGUUCCUGGCCCUGAGAGGGAUUAGACCAGGGAACAGUGGAGAACAGGACCACAUUCUGCCUCGCUCCAUCUGCCAGAGGCUAUUCAACAUCUUCCACCCCACGGACCCUGUGGCCUACAGACUGGAGCCCCUCAUCCUUAAACAUUACAGCAACAUUGCACCUGCACAGAUACACUGGUGUAGUGCUAUAGACCCCACGCCUUACGAUGAGAUCCGUCCCACCUUCAUUAACCCGCAGAAGGACCCAACGUCGGACACAGAGAGCAUCCCCAGCCCCUCCACCUCCCCUGUCCUGGCCAGGAAAUACUAUGGAGAGUCUAUUGCCAGCAUGGGCAAGGCCAGCAUACUAGGAGCGGCCAGUAUUGGUAACAGUAUAGGGAAGGGAAUAGGAGGGAUCCUGUUCUCUCGGUUCUCUCGGUCUGCGCCCUCCGGAGUGUCCUGUGCCAUCGAGGCUGGGACCCCAGAGGGGGAGGAGCCGAAGAGGACCGUCGAUAGCCAAUCAGAUUACGGCCUGUCGUCCACCUUGUCCCAGUCCCCCUCCACACUCAUAGACCCCUCAGUGGAAAUGGAGCGCCGCAUCGACUUUGAACUCCGUGAGGGCCUUGUGGAGAGCCGCUAUUGGUCAGCGGUGACCUCUCAUACAGCCUAUUGGGUCUCACACGAUAUUGCGCUCUUCCUACUGACGUUCAUAUACAAGCAGGCCAACGUGCCGCCACCCACAGACAGUCCUGACCCAGAGUAAAUACACAGAGCGACUUCACCAUGUCCACACUCACACAUAGCAUCUUUAUCACCCUUUGUUACUCCAUUCUCUCUAGCUAGUUUUAUACUGACACACUUCUAAUAACACACAGACCUCCUUUCGUACUGUUUAGGAUGGAUACACAUUCACCCAAGGGUGACACAUUGGAUUAUUAGGGGGGCAGCCUGCCUGUCACUGUGAUGACCAGUCCCCAUGCAUGCUUUGUGAAGCAUGGGGGAUAGUAGAGUCCUCCAUCUAUCCUUCCAGCCGCCAACGAGUAUGUCAGAGAUUUCAUUGCACGCUCCCAAAGGCGUCUCCUCUUCCUCUUAAGAUCACAGUCUCUGUCUGAAACUGCUGACCUCUCGGAUAUACCAGUCUCGAACCCCCCCCCCCCCCCCAUGUGUAGCAGGCAUGGUUCAGCCAUAGUUCAGCCCAACCCAAAGCUCUACUCUCCUCCACAGACUCUUUAUGGAGCUGUGGGAUGCACAAGCCAGCCUGGACCUCUCGGUAACCUCCCUCAUCCACACCGGUCUGUAUCUUCUUACCCGGAGUUACGUUUCCAUCGACAAGAACCUGGGCUGGAUACUGGGACCCUCAAAUAAUGGAAAGACUUAUGAAGGAAAUGAAAUUUGUGUAACUUUGUCUCAAAACGUAUGUUACUGUCUGAGCGAACUCAAUGCAACUUUCAAAGGGGUCUAAAUGUUAUUUCUAUAAUAGAAUGUUAAUAUAUUUCACUAAGAAAAUAAUACUACAGUUAGUUUUUUCUUUUUGUUUUGGAAAUGUAAAAAAAAAGUGGGAGACGAACUCAUUCGCUGUACUUCGAGUUAGUGUUCCUCCUUUUCAUUACCAUUUGACCAUCGAGUGACUUUUACGAAGAAGUAUCAAUUGACAGUAGUGAGCAUGAGCCUCACACAAAGCUCUGCAAAAAGCCAUUUUCAUUUUUUUAUACAACAAAGUUAUUAGAUGACGUACAGUUUAAGUCGGAAGUUUACAUACACCGUAGCCAACUACAUUUAAACUCAGUUUUCCUAAUUCCUGACAUUUAAUCCUAGUAACAAUUCCCUGUCUUAGGUGAGUUAGGAUCACCACUUUAUUUUAAGAAUGUGUUUGAAGGUAGGCCUUGAAAUCCACAGGUACACCUCCAAUUGACUGAAAUUGUCAAUUAGCCUAUCAGAAGCUUCUAAAGCCAUGACAUAAUUUUCUGUAAUUUUCCAAGCUGUUUAAAGGCACAGUCAACUUUGUAUGUAAACUUCUGACCCACUGGAAUUGUGAUACAGUGAAUUAUAAGUGAAAUAAUCUGUCUGUAAACAAUUGUUGGAAAAAUGACUUGUCAUGCACAAACUAGAUGUCCUAACCGACUUACCAAAACUAUAGUUUGUUAACAAGAAAUUUGUGGAAUGGUUGAAAACAAGUUUUAAUGACACCAACAUAAGUGUAUGUUAACUUCCGACUUCAACUGUGUAACAGCAUUACCUUAUGUCUUUGGUUUUAGUAACUGAAUGGUGCUGUGUGGCAAACUGUUUUCUUUGAGGUACAUUUGAAGGUCUCAUCUUUGGCUCCAGGGAGUGAGUGGCACUGGCUUGACUUUCACUUCAUUUUCAGAUGACGUUCAUACAAUGUCAGCAGGACAUUCAAGUGACACAGACAUUUGUCCAUGUUAAAGUCAAGCUUGGUGAGUGUCAUUUUGCCUGUAGCCGGCCUUGACUAGUAACUUACAUUAUUGUCAUUAAAUGUAAUUUAGUUUCUCUUUUAGUCACCGAGAAGCAAUGUUAGGUCCCUGUAUGGAGCUCUGAAAUGUACCCUCCAUUUUAUGUUACAGAGCAACUUUUCAUUCUAACCAAAACACAGGUGAAGUCAGUUCUGUUCAGAUGGAUAGUCUGAAGUCUAAUUUGCUCCUAAUGUAUACAAUUCAAGUGUCAAAGAGAGAUCAUGUCAAUGCUUAAUCCAGGCUGUAUCACAACCGGCCGUGAUUAGGAGUUUCAUAGGGCGGCACACAAUUGGCCCAGCGUCGUCCGGGUUCGGCCGGUGUAGGCUGUCAUUGUAAAUAACAAUUUGUUCUGAACUGACUUGCCAAGUUAAUUUUGUGGUUGGAAGGAGGAGCUGUCACUCACAGGUUUGAGCCAGUAAAAACUCUCCUAAGAAACCUUAAAGGUUAUAAACAGGAAGUGACCUUCAGGCACUAAAAUAUUUACAUUGAUUCCCUGAUCAAUAAAAUGGUAAGAGGAUGUAUAUAUUUUUUAUCCAAUUUAUUUGUAAUUAUCAUUUUCAAAUAUAUAGUAGUGUUAACAUAGAUCCCUUAAAGGUCCAAUGCUGCCGUUUUAUCAAUAUCAAAUCAUUUCGGGGUAAAAAUGAAGUACUUUGAAUUAAAAAGGUCCUAUAGAAAAAAUAGCUUCUUAGUAAAGAGCAAUUUUUCAACAAGAAUUUGUCAAGGACUGUCUGUGAGUAGUCUUAGUUUUCAGUUUCCCCUCCCCACUAUCUCUUAUUGGCAGAGAAGUUUGGAACUCUCUUUUUUAUUGGCCUAUUAACUAAUUUACCGCCUGGUGAUGUCACCAGGUAAGCCAAAACUCAAUCCAACCAAAACAGGCAGUCUUUUCAAACGACUCUUACACUAAAAGGGCAUUAUCAUCGUUUUGAAAAUGUUGUACCUCAUAGUGUGUAAAUGUAUAUAAAACACAGGAAAAUGAAGUUUUUGACUGCACUGGGCCUUUAAGGGAACAGGGAAUUCAGCAGGUGGCCAAAUAUUACUGUUAUUUUAUGCGUGCUUUACUCUUAAUGGCUAAGCCAGUAUGAACAGAGCAUGUUGAAAUACAAGGGCGUUUUCCCUCUACGAAAGGGCUUCAGGUUAGUUAUUCAGCUUUAGUCACUAUUUCCAAGAACUAUAUGCAAAGCUAAACAAGCUCAGUACAUUUGUUUAUGGCUCAGAAAGAGAAACAUGAUGCCUGAAUCACUUUGCAUCCCAUCUGGUCAUUUUUAAUGUAAACAGAUGUUUGAAAUCCUAAAGCUGCAUUCAAAUGGUCUGGCACUGGCUGCUCAUUAUCUAAAAAAAAAAAACACGCAGCAUGUUUUUAAAUAAACCGUUUUUUGCAAUAAGAUGCGGGAUGAUGAAAUGGAACUAACCUCAAAUUAACUUGUGUGUGCUGCUCACUGCACAUUGUCAUUGUAGUGUUCCCUGUAUGUCCUAUGCUUUGUUAUCCAAAUAACAGUCAAAUUAAUUGUCUAAUAAUAUGUAUGGCACACACUCUUGCUAACUGUUCUAGAGCUAAGGGCUGUGGUCUAGUAAUCCACACAAUGGAUUUAUUUUAGUUUUUAUUUUGAAUGUGCUCAUUUGGGAUCAUUGCAGAAGAGUGGCAUGCAUGUUAGUGGGGCCUAUUUUGUGAAUCAAAUCAAGUGGACUCAGACCAGGCUGCCUUGAAGAGGACCAGAGAACAACUCUUGAUGUCAUGGGCAGGAAGGGAAAAUGACUUGUUGAAUGAAUGUUGAUGGUGGAUACACAUUCUCAAUGGCUAUAAAUGUCACAGGACCGCUUUAGACAUGGAUCUUAUUGCUUUUGUGUGUUUCUGUUAAAUGUCUGACAGAGGUGAAAGACCAUGCCUCUUUUCUGCCAUUUAAAUCAAGUUGUUUCCACAUUGGGCAGUCAUGCAACUAAUUCUCUCUUAUGAAGGGUUUGAACACUCCCCAUGUUGUUUUAAGUAUACUGGUCAAGGACAGUUUAACUGAUGUCUCUGCAUGCUAAAAUUAUACCUGCAGGGUAUGGGGUUUAGAAUGAUGGUUGGAGGGGGCUAUCAUAAUUGUGGUUGAUUAAAGUUCCGAUACAUCAGGCCAGCUAUCACAAGGUGAACCUUAUUCAAAUACAGGCAAGCACCGAAUGUCAACUGUGUUCGGAAAUAUGUUGGCUGAAGAAAUUAGUUUAAAUAGUUUGAUGUGCACAUUCUGUUUUUUGUUCUGUUUUGAUAAUGGUCUUGGGACUCUCUUGUCAGGGAGGUUUCACAAACCUCAGGGAUAUGUCUGUUAUAUUGUCUGACCAUCUCAGCUCUGAACAUUUAGUGAAGCCACAGGGAAGUCAAAGUACAGGUCUAUCACAGUCACCCACCGUUUGAGAGCUUUGGUUCACCUUUGAACCCUAAGGGAUCAUCUGUCAAACUGGUGGUGUUCAGCAGGGCACACUGUAGAAUACAGUAUGUUUGGGAUGAAAUAUAGACGUCAGUGUUCUUAUUAAAUAAGUUCUGAUAGUACCGCCUUGUUUUCCUGUUACAAAACAAUUUCCACCUAAUGAUAUGCCCCAGAGCUCUCGCCUUUCAGAUUAUGUCCACAGAAUGAGAAGUACCAUCUUGGAAUGUCUGCAUUGUCUGAGUCGACUGUAUGAACUCAACCUUUUUCAGUAAGACUGUUACUUUGACUUUCUGCGGGAAAAGUGACUCCCUAGAGCUGUUCAAUAACCCACCAUGCCUGUAAUCAAACUGCCAUCCAAAACAUUUUAUUUUAUUAAAACAUUUUUCUUAUUUUA